CGGUCUUUAUCCAGAGCGCACGAGCCACGUUCACCUGCUUCACCCCCCAAAACGGAAUCGAAAUCGAACGCGCGAUCCUCGGCAAACGCAACAACAGUUGUUACUGGUCGCGAGCGAUCAACGUCAACCGGCCGAGUCGAACCACUUUUGGAGUUCGCGAGUUACCGGCUGAUCAACGAGGGACCGCUUUCCCGCGCUCCCGCAACCCGAUUCGAUUCUCACCUGUUAACCGAGCCGUCGCGCUCCUCUUCUCUUUUCGAAGUGUUCAGGAAAAUCCCUGCACAAAUGAUGAAAGGUCGGCAUCAAUUUCGGCGUCGUUUCAGUCUACAACCAUCGUCGCUGAAGGAGGGUCAGGAAGAUGGUACGACGAAAAACGUUAGAAACGAGAGGCUGUCGGAGUCGGACAGCGGUGGCGGGAAACACGCGGAAAGUUCGAUACGGCACAAGAUCGUUGUGAUGGGGGCGGCGAAAGUGGGGAAAUCGGCGAUAAUCAAUCAGUUCCUCUACAACACGUUCACCCCCAAGUACAAGAGGACGGUGGAGGAGAUGCAUCACGGGGAUUUCAACGUUUCCGGCAUACAAUUGACCCUGGACAUCCUGGAUACAUCGGGCUCGUACGAGUUCCCCGCGAUGAGAGAUCUGUCCAUCAAGUCUGCGGACGCGUUUAUCCUCGUGUACGACGUCCACGACGCCAACACGUUCCUCGAGGUGAAGACGCUGAGGGCGCAAAUUCUUAACACGAAGGGGGCGGUGCCGAUCGUCGUCGUUGGCAAUAAAGUCGACUUGAUCGACACCGAGAAACAGGUGGAUACGGACAGCACGAGAGAGUUGGUAACGAUGAAAUGGGAGAACGGUUUCGUGGAGGUGUCAGCGAAAGAGAACUUGAACAUUUCACAGGUGUUCAAGGAGCUUUUGAUCCAGGCCAAGCUGAAGUACAAUCUAAGCCCGGCAUUGAGACGUCGCCGCAGGCAAUCAUUGCCACCGCCCCAGCAUUUGAAUUCUCGGAGCAGCAGCGCUCACGUCCCGUCCCCGGCCCAGCUCCAGCAUCUGCAGCAGAUCCGUGAACGUUCCGAGUCGAAGAGGAAUUCCUGUAUACUGUCGUAAACGAAAAUCCAAAGGCAUCGAUAACCGUUUCUCAUCUGAUUCGAGAGGAGGAAGGGAUGAUCGAAUCGACGAUCGCCCAUUCUCUCUAACACCGAUCGAUCGAGACGACGUUCACGCGAUCGAUGAUUUCGAUCGAUCGAUCGUUCGAAACGCUCCCAUCGAACACUCAUAUAAACGAUGAUAGUCGAAAGAAUAUAGGAAGAGGGGGCGAGAAACCGUGAUGCCGAUCGAAGAUUUGUUUCCUAUUCGAAAGAGAACUUUCGUCUCGUACAGGCCUCUCAUUCGAUUUUUAAGAAAUUUACGAUUUACGUCGAUAAUAUAUCAUCUUGAAUCGAGAGUUUAGCUGAUUUUUCCUUAUUGAAAAAAAGAAAAAAAAAACAAAAAAAAAAAAAAGAAAGAAACGAACGACAAUUAUUUCGAUGUUUAUCGUUCGAAAAUUCGAUGUGAAUAGCGAGUGAAUCUACGUACUUGAUGUUAAGUAAAAAAUUUUUUCGUCGAAAAAUUGAAAAUUUCUCGUUCCUAGGUAGAAGAGGAAAUCACGAACACGAUGGAGAGACACGCUUUAUCACGACUUUAAUAAGGAUAAUAUAGAAGAUAAUUAUUCCUCGUGACGACCCAGUCGUUCGUUUUAAUUAAGAAAUCAUCGUUGCUCCCCUUUCCUCGAUGCAAAACAUCACACCUAUUUACCGAUUUUAUUCAAGAUCGACGAGAGGUAUUCAACUGGAAACAAACGACGAUUUCUAUCGUCGAUCGAAAUAUGGUUGAACAUAAUUAUUCCGAAUUAUUCGAAGGGAUUCCCAUCUUUGCAUAUAUAUCAACAAGUAUCUUACAAAGGUAUCCUAUUUCAGGGUUGUUCCCCACUGCCCAUUCACUCACUAUUAUCCAUCACUCUUAUUAUCCAUUUACGAACAUUGAACGGCCAAAGAACGUUUUAUAAAGCAGUUUUAUUGGCUAUAUUCGAUUGAAUUUACAUCGAGCAAUUGUCUAUGCUGUUCUUUAUACAUAUACCCCGUGUUAUACAUAUAAUUUAUUUCAAAAUAAUUGGUUCGAUUUAUUCGAUGUGUAAAAAGGGUACGCGAAGAGAGACAUGUUACAUCCCUAAAAAAUCAAAAAUGGCAAAAGUAUCGUUCCCCCGUUUACCGCCAAAAAAUAUCGAAUUAUUUGUCAAUUAAGGUGAAACGAUGAACGUGAACGACUCGCGCAUAGUACGCCGAUUGCCUUUGCUCCAAACCUGAGUUAACCGCGAGUACCGUGAUAAAAAAAAAAGUUGAAAAAUGUGAAAAAAAAAGGUAAAAAAUGAAACGUAAUCAUGUACAAAAAAUUUUAUUCGAUCGCAUAUAGCUUUUGAAGUAGUUGUGUCAUUGUAAUUGACACGGUGAAUAAAAACGGGAAUCGUAGAAUAUGAUGAGUUUCUGUUUUCCAUCACUUGAUUAGGUAAACGUGAGAGAUAUACGUAUACGUUGUGUCUAUAAAUUUUAAUGAAAAUAUCGUGCAACGAUCGUUGAUUGAUUUUGUAAUAUUAGAUGGAAAGAUUUAUCGAUUUCACGUUUAAAUAAUGUAUCGCAUGAUAUCGUAUAAUUUAUCGUUUGGGAAGAAAGAAAUGUUUUUUCGAAUAUAUUAUUCAGAUUAAAAAAAAAAAAUCUAUAAUAUACACGUUAGUGUUAUUUAAUGGUAGAAAUUCUAUGUAAAUAAAAGAGCCUUGCGAUGUGGAUAUCUCGUUGAAUCGAAAACCCACAUUGGGUAUAAUUUUACAUAAAGUACUUACACAUAUACGUAUAUACGAUUAAGCAACAGACAUAUAAUUUAACGCGUUUCAACGCGAUUAAAAUGAAAAAUGUCGCGCAUCACGAUAACUGGAUAACGUUUAUUUCAAUAUAAAAAAAAAAAGGAAAAAAAAAACUCGCAAUCACGAGAAUCAAAUCAAUACGAUUUUUCGAUCGUUCCAAACUCUCUAAUUAUUGGAACGAAUUUUUCGCUGAGAUCAUACGUUUACCUGACCUGUGCAAUUAUUUCGUGUUACUUAGAUUAAUAAUGUUGUAAUGUUGUAAUAAGAUGAACCGGUUUCAAACGUGCGAACAAUCUAACAAGUUACGAAGAUCUAUUAAUAUCAUAAGAUAAGAACAACAAUAGAUCUACGUCAUAAGGAGUUUCGAAGGCAGAUGGUAUUUGACACGAUUGCAAUUAUUUUUAGCAUAGAUCUGGAGGAAAUAUGUGGUGACAAAUUAAUAAGUAGUCUAAGCCUUUGACUUUAUAUCAUUGCGUUAUCAGAAAUUAAAUAAAAGAUGA